GAAAGCACCUGGACAUACUGAGGAGCCUCUAGGAGAGACAAACAUGGCUGGGUGAAAGUUGGGCUUUGCCUGAUUUGUGUUUUGAACUUGUCUCUGGGCAAUAAAAGCUUCAAUUCUCUUGAGGGAAGGUGGUGUGUGUCUCUGUGCUCUGGCUGGGUGGGACUCAGUCCCUGUGUAGCUUUGAGCAGACCUGGUUGCAGCUCCUCCCAGAUUGUGGAACUGUCACUUAUCUCUCCAGUGUUGCUUAGCUCAGAUUUGGAGAGUCCCUUCACUGGAAAAUCCAUCGAAAGUGCAAUUUGGCAGUGGCUGUGGUAUUUUUUUGCUGUGUUGAGAAACUGCACAGGGAGUUGCUGGGCUGGGCUGAGGAGCUCUGAGACUGCCCCUGCUCUGUGCUGCCAGCAGCCUUGGUGUGGGUUUCUCAGCACUGUGCUGCUGUAACUACUGUUCUGUAACUGCUCCUUCAGUUACCCUAUUCCUUAUUUUUAGAAUCCCUUGUUGGGGUCCCCUGCCCUUGGAAGAUUUUCUUGGGGCCAGAUUCUUCCCUCUGUGCCCUGAGAGGGAGGCAAGAGGAGGGAUCGCUGAUAUGGGGAAUUGCAGAUGUUUUGCCUCACAAUUACCUCAUUUGGUGUCUCCUGACCGACAGGAGAGGAGCUUGGAGCUGGGCACCAGGAUGUUCUCUGGCGGGUUUGGAUGCUGUGAAGGGAAUUUUCCCCCCAGGGCCACUGUGUAUCUGGCUGGGGCUUUUUGCUGUGGGAGGGCUCAGUCCCCUGGCUCCCUGCUGAAAAUAGCUGGGGACCCCCAUGCCCUGGGGCCACAGCGCCAGAAAUCUGCUGGCUGAUGAGAGAGGGCGGUAAAACCACGGGGAGCCAGGAGCGGCUGCGGCGGGGCCUUCCCCGCUCGCUGCUGCGGUGCUGGGGUGGGUUUUUCUAUUUCUGCUUGUGAAAAGGUUUCCCCUGUAAUUACGAGGUGAUUUAACGCCCCGCCUGAGCUGUCGUUCACAGCUGCCGGACACAGCACUCAGGCUCUCGGCAGGGACUCCUCAGCCCGGCAGUCACACCUCGGGCAGCCCUCAGCAGUGUCCCUUCCUCACUUCAAGAUGUCCCUGUCGCACACGGCUGCCGAGUACAUGCUCUCUGAUGCUCUGCUCCCGGACCCCAGUAGUUCCCGGGCCAAGGGCUUGCGGCUGGAGCUGCCGAGCGAUCGCCUGCUGAAGUUUGUCACCGUGGGGCUGCCCCUCUUCCUCGUCUCGCUGGCUUUCGCCCGGGAGUUCUCUGCUGGCUCCCAGAUCAGCUGCUUCUCUCCCACCAACUUCACGGGGAAGCAGUCCGCCUACACCGACACGGCUUGCUGGGACUCCCUCAUCCACCACGGCUUCGACGCCGAGGGACGUGCCAUCACCAAGUCCCUCUGGGCUCUCAAGGCCUUCCCCUACUCGCUGCUGGUGGUGGCGGUGCUGAUGUACCUGCCGUACCUGCUGUGGCGCUACGCUGCUGCCCCCGCCCUGCACUGCGACCUCCUCUUCAUCAUCGACGAGCUGGAUAAAUCCUACAACCGCUCCGUGCGCCUGGUGCAGCACAUGAAGAAGGUGCAGCAGGCCAGUGCCGAGCCAGAGCAAUUCUGGGAGGAGUACGAGAGGGCCCGCCGGGAGAGGUAUUUCGAGUUCCCGUUGCUGGAGCGGUACCUGACCUGCAAGCAGCAUGCUCACGCCCUGGUGUUCAUCUACAUCCUGAGGAACCUGCUGCUGCUCCUCUUCUUGGCUGCCACCUGCCUCUACCUGGUCUUUCUCCACCUUAACAUCUUCUUCCAGGAUGAGUUCAGCUGCUCCAUCAAAACGGGGUUGCUCGAGGCAGAGCCGCACAUCCCGUCGCUCAUCCCUUGCAAGCUGGUCUUCUUCUCCGUGUUCCAGCUCAUCAGCCUCUCCGUUGGCAGUGUCUAUGUCCUCCUCAUCCCUGUUGUCAUCUACAACGCCCUGCAGCUCUGCCAGUGGGACAAGGGGCUGCUCUCUGUCUAUGAGAUGCUGCCUGCCUUCGACCUGCUCAGUCGCAGGAUGCUCACCUGCCCCCUCAACGACCUCAACGUCAUCCUCCUCUUCCUGCGUGCCAACAUCUCCGAGCUGACCUCCUUCAGCCGCCUCAACGCCGUCAGCGCCCUGAGGGAAGCCACUGCCAACAAGGAGGACAUCGACACUGUCAUCGACUUCAUGACGCUGCUGGCUGGGCUGGAGGCCACCAAGCCCAAACACCAAUCCUGCACCCCCGAGGCCGAAGGCAGCACAGCCCUCUCCAAUGGUGCAGCCCUAGAACCAAAGCCUGGAGUGGAAAGGAUGGGAAAAGCCUCACGGGACUCACUCGGCUCUGCCUGACCCAGGAGGAGGCAGCAGGAGGGAUCCUGUCAUCCCAGGAUCCACUUUUCUGACAUAGCUCUACUGCAGCAGCCAGGCUGAACCCACCUGUGCUUCCUGCACCUGGCCUUCCCCUUCUUAUGUACAUUUGUCCAGCCAAAAAGGGUUAAACAAUCAAUAUUUUGUGCAGAACCUCUUUGGGUCUCUUAUUCUAAAUGCUGGGUGCCAUGCUGUGCCUCUUCCACACAAAUUUCCCUGCUUUUUUCGCAAGAAGUGGGGCAUGGAGGAUUAGGAAUGCUCAUCUGAAGGAAAAAAAAAAGA